AUGUGUUCGAAGGCCAUGGCGUUACACGCGGAGGGAGAAACACGAGUGUUUGGGGAUGAGUUCGGUGUUGUCCAGAGCCUCUGGCACAUCAUCGAGAAGCCAGAGCUCAUUAAAUCCAAACACGUUACCAAGAUAUGGAAUCCCGACGACCACCCAGAUGGCGACCUGAACCUUGUUCACUGUGCGGAACUAUUCCAGUGA